GGAGACAGGAGACAGAGACAGGAGACAGGAGACAGGAAGCAGACACAGAGACAGGAAACAGAGACAGAAACAAAAACAGUCUGGAUGUUUGUCCGCUUAACCUUGGCUCAUUUCUCUGAUUGGUUCAAUCGCUUUGGGUCCAUAUAAACAAUCCUCAUUUUUAUUAUCUCACACCUCUCUUUCACUCUAUCGAAUUAAUGAUUCCUUGACUAAAGCUCAACUCCACCCCAAAAUUCUACCCCUCAAACAUCAUUUACACACACAAUCAUGGCAUCAAUCGCAAGGAGUUUAAGGCCAUGCGCCUCAAAAAUUACAUCCAGCCCAUUCAAGACUGUUCCGUCAUGGAGAUCUUCAUCCUUUGGAGCUGUUCGAGCUUUCUCGGUAUCUAGAGCUGCUUUCAACAAGAAGUACACCAAGGACCACGAAUGGAUUCUCCUGUCUCCCGAUAACAAGACUGGCACAAUCGGCAUCAGUGACUAUGCCGCACAUGCUCUUGGUGACGUCGUUUAUGUCGAGCUUCCUACCGUCCCCCUAGACGUCGGCGCUGGUGAUGCCAUUGGUGCCGUAGAGUCUGUCAAGAGCGCAUCCGAUAUCAACAGUCCUAUCGCUUGCAAGAUUGUGCAGGCUAACAAGAUGUUGGAGGAAACACCAAGCACUAUCAACAAGGGGCCCGAAGAUGAAACAAGUGCCGGAGGCUGGGUUGCCAAGGUUGAAGUUGGAGAGCAGGGAGUCAAGGAUCUGGAAGGCUUGAUGGAUGAGAGUGCUUACAAGGCAUUUAUUGAGGAAUAAGCAGCGCAAUGGGAGUUGCCAUAUGACGAGAAAUGAGGGCAUGGUUGCAUGGACGGGCGGGGCAUAGCAUAGACGGGGGAUUCAACUCAACAUUGACGAAUGUGUAUUUGGGAAUGGAGUUUAUUCAACAAACAUAAGGGUUGGAGUGGAAUGAUACUGGGUUAGCUACAUUUACAUAUGUAUGCAGCUUUUAGCGUUCUUGGAACAUAUUUGAAAGCUAUUGGUGGUCCAGCCA